AUGAUAGUAAAACAAUUUCGAAUAGACAACACAGAUCACAUAAUAGACGUGAACAAGAACAACGCGGAGUUCGAGUACGAUCAAGUGAACAUAAUAUGUCCCGUGUACCAACCGGGGACGUAUGACGACGACGCUGAGAAGUACAUCAUCUACAACGUGUCUAAGGAGGAGUACGAGACGUGUCGGAUCACGAAUCCAAAUCCGCGGGUGAUCGCGGUCUGCGACAAGCCAUUUAGGACGAUGUACUUCACGAUCACGUUCAGGCCGUUCACGCCGCAACCGGGCGGCCUGGAGUUCCUCGCGGGACACGACUACUACUUCAUCAGCACCUCGACCAAGGAGGACCUGCACAAGCGGAUCGGCGGAAGGUGCAGCACCAACAACAUGAAGGUCGUGUUCAAAGUCUGCUGCAGCAACGAAGCUGACACCUCCUCGUCCUCUGCGACGUCGCGCAACAACUCCGUACCCGUGACCAGCAGCACCGUGCCGAGCAGCAGCUCGACCAGCACCACGGUUUUGGGUGGAGGAGCCGCUGGACUGCCACCCCCGGCGCCGCCGACCGUCCUCAAGGGCGGAGAUCGAUUCUACCCAGGGGGCAACAUUCAUCAUCAUCACGAUCAUCAUCAACCGGCCACGGCAGCGCCGACCCUGUCCCACGCGCCCCCUCCAGCUGUCUAUCCCGUGCAUCCGCAUCAGCCUCCGAUUCACAAUGGACCGCCGUCCUCUUCGCCGCCCAAGACCUCGAUCGGCCAAAAGAAGAAGAACAAAGAAUAUUCAGACCACCCGAACGAAGUGGUGAAGAACGAAGAGUUGACCUAUAACGGGGCGAGUUCCAGCCGCAACCAGGAUCGGUACAGCCAGCUGAUGGUAGUGCUGACCGGAAGCCUGGUGAUCGGCGCGUAUCUGCAACUGCAGCUGUUGCGGUGAAGCGACGGUGCCGCCGACGAGAACGUAUACCCCAUACGUCGAAACCCCUUUUUCUGUGAUUAUCCUACGUUUAAUUAAUUUCUUGAGGUACGCGCGUGAGCCCGCGCGCGGCCGCCCCUCGAUCGUGGAAAAGUAAAACGCGCACGAUUUAUGGUCGGACUGCCUCGAGAGAGAGAUA